CCGGGACUUUCCUCACGGUUACGCUCGCGUGGAGAGCGUAUGAUGCAAUCUCCAGGCAACUCUCCUCCCCGAUGGGAUGAAGUCAUGCUUGGCACGGAGAGGGGAGCCCGGGGAGAGGGAGACAGGCCUCUGCUCCCCUAGUAGCCAGCCUGCUUCCUGGUGGGGGAGUGACAGGCCCUCCUCCCUGCCUAGUUCCCAGUGAGGCAGCAGUAAGGGCAGAGGGAGAGAGCUACAGCCACAUACCCUCAUGCUAAGAGAAGUGUAAAUAGUGACCUAGAAAUCAACAAGAGGAUGAUUGAGGCCUAGAGCACAAAAUCGAAUAACCGCUGCAGCAAGUUAAUUUGUUUGCAAAAUGUGUAGUUGCCGUACACAAGCUUUUAUUGGGCCUUUUUGGAAAUGGAAGAUCCCGUCAUUCAAAGACACCAGCAAGCAUUGUUAGGCCUUAACUGGAACACUGAACUCAGUUUGGGGGCCUCAGUCUUCAAAAAACAGACUCAAGUGAAGCAAGUUCAAAUGACAGCAGAUAAAAGGUUCAACUUGCCCUUGAUCCAUGUGAAGAUUUGCUGGCAAUAUAUUAUAGAAACUAUUAACAGUUUUUCACCAACUCUAACAAAUCAUAUUGUGGUGUUAAAGAAGAGUCUGUCCAAAUGAGCAAAACAUCACAGCAGAACACCACUACAGAAGCAAACGGGAUAAGUGUGAUUCACACACAAGCGCACACCAGUGGUUUGCAACAGGUUCCUCAGCUGGUGCCAGUUAGUCCUGGUGGUGGAGGCAAAGCUGUGCCUCCAAGCAAGCAGGGCAAAAAGAAUUCCUCUGUGGAUAGAAACAGUGAUGAAUAUCGCCAACGGAGAGAGCGCAACAACAUGGCAGUGAAAAAGAGCCGCUUAAAAAGCAAGCAGAAAGCACAAGAUACACUGCAGAGAGUCAACCAGCUAAAAGAAGAAAAUGAACGUUUGGAGGCAAAAAUUAAGCUCCUGACAAAGGAGCUUAGUGUACUUAAAGAUUUGUUUCUUGAACAUGCACACAAUCUUGCAGACAAUGUGCAACCUCUUGGCACUGAAAACACCACCACAAACCCAGAUAACACUGGACAGUAGAUGCAAUCCCCAUACUCCACAACCUCAUGGACUGAACAUUAGAGUUUCAACCCUCUCUGACUACUCAUUCAGUACAGAGAAAGAAUGCUGGUCUAACAUUUUAAUCAUCAUCUUGUGGGUAUUUUUUCUCCUCUUAGGUUUAACACUGAAGAUUUGAUACAAAUAAAAUGUAAACUGUUUUGAAUAUAUUUUUAAAGUGUUAAAUAUUCUUUGCUCUAAAAGGUUUGGCUAAAAUAAUUUAACCAAGUAAAUAUUAUCUAACUGGAUAAAAUCAGGAGCCUGAUAUCAGUGAAAUUGAAUUUCUACAGUAAUGUACAUUCACCAUAUUAUAUUUUACAUAUUGUAAGGCAGGGAUGGGGAACCUAUGGCCGGGGGGCUGAAUCCAGCCCACAGGCUCUGCCUUGCAGUGGAAGAAAGCGGCUCUGUGCUGGGAACAGCCACACACAGGAAGAUCUGUCCCUGUACUGGUUUGCAGGCUCUACCCAGUUGCUCCCAUUGGCUGCCCCAGGUAGUCCUCCAGCCCAGACCUCCACACCGCCACCCACAGUUUGCUCCUGUGCCCCUCUCCCCCUACACUGUAGCCUGCUCUUGCACCUUCCCACCCCGCUCCUGCCUAGACCCUGCAUCCCUAUCCUGCUCCUGCACCCUCCCUCUUGCCCAGACCCUGCAUUCCCAUCCCAUUCCUGCACCCUACCUCUUGUCCAGACCCUGUGGCUCCAGCCCAUUUCUGCACCCUCCCUCUUGCCUACAUCCUCAUCCCCAGAAGUUCCCUACCACACACUGAACCCCUAAUUUUUGGCUCCAUCCCCCUGUGCCUUGGGGGGUUCUUAAAAUCUACUAGCCUCAGGCCCCCAGAAGGGAUAAGCUGGCACUGGGGGAAAGCUUUGAGCCUUGGCACUCCCCCAUGGAGCUGGAGCACAAGGGAAACCCUGGUGCCCCAAGUUGCAUGAGUGAGGUGAGUGUUCCCCUUUUUUCUGCUUAUUCAUUGGGGGCCACAUCUGUGAGACUUCUGAUUUUUCUGUGGGUCAGUGGCCCAUGAUCCAAAGAAGGUUCCCCACCUUGGUUGCAAGGAGCACAACUGUACAGCCUUUACUGUAAUACUAAUUGAUAAUUGGAUGAAAUAUGUUAAAUGUCCUUUAACAUUUAUUUCUUAAUCAGUCUGUUUUCUACAUUGUGUAUUAUAACCCUAACACCAUGACAGAAAUUUGCUUUCUGCUUUGGUGAGUUGCUUCAAAUGUGUAGCACAAGCCCUUGUCCAAGAUAGUUUAGAUCUCUCUUAAUCAUAGUUAAUGGGGAGUGCCUACUAACAGUGCCUAGUAAUGGUGAGCCAGGGUGCUUACUAAUGUUUUCUAAAGACUACUACAUUCUUUGAGAGACAUUGUAAUGUAAUGUAUGAGAACUGACGUACACAGAAAAUUGGCUCACAACAUGUAAAUGGCUAUCUGGAAGUAUGUAUAGGAGGUUAAGUAGAACAACAUUUUAUUUUUAUAACCCCUUUAAGCCUGUGUUAAACAUGCUAGCAUUACUCAUGUGGUGACGUUGGGUCCUUAAUAGCAUCAUGUUUUGGUCUCCUGAAAAUGUUUAAGUUCUGUAAAUUAUUGCUCACUAGAAUCAAGCUGCUGCCAUUACGCAGCUAUCAGGAUGCGACUAUGUACAUGCAUUGACUAAAGCAAUGAAAGGGCUAAUGCAGAACAUUUUUUCAAUUGCAAUGUAUAGACUACUUGAUCCUUACUACCACUGCCACAAUAUCAAUUAUAUGGCUGUUUAGUUUAGCAACUGCUAUCCUGCAGAAAUCCAUAGUAAUUUUAAAAAGAAAUAUCCCAAGUUCGAAUAACUGAUGCAGCAGUCUUGCUAGAGACACCAUUGCCAUGCAAAGGAGUAUCUUGAAUCUUGUUUUAUUUUGAUGAAACAGUUUGUCUUAAUUUUUUUAAAUUUGAUGGUAAGUCCCUUACCUUGACCCAUAAUGCAGCAGUAUGUAUUAUACUGAGGAGUCAAACUAGAAAAGUGAAGCAGGAACUUUGAUAUAACCUUAAUUUAUUUUCAUUUUAAAAUGUUCCAUUUAUGGUAUGUGUGUUACAUAUAACCUGUGUGUCUGGCUAGUGAACUAGAAGCUUAUUUUAAUUUUUCUCCUACACCUCUUGUUUCCAUACUUGACUUUGUAGUAUGAUUGUGCGUAUUGUUAUGUAUUUAGGAGGAGAACUUGGGUAAGAUCUUGGUAAGAUGCUAAAUUAAACAAUAAAACUGUCAAAAAAUCUAUUUUGAGGUUAAACUUUUACUGCAAAGGUCAUCAACCAUGAAAGACUUUUACAGAUUGCCCUAAUUUAUGGAAAUCCUUUUACAGAGAAGUCUUCUGGUUCUAGUCAUAGCUUAAGUAGGUAGGGUUAAAAUUAAUAAAACUGUUUUGCCUCUGA